AUGAGGAGCCCACCUAGACCUCCAUCUGCAGCCCCUCCCCUAGCACCAGCCUCCUCCUACAGCCACAGCCCUCCCCCAGCCUCCAUCUGCAACCCCUCCCCUAGCACCAGACUCCACCAGCAGCCACAGCCCCUCCCCCAGCACCAGCCUCCACCUGCAGCAACAGCCACUCCCCCAGCACCAGACUCCUCCUACAGGCACAGCCCCUCCCCCAGCACCAGCCUCCACCUGCAGCAACAGCCCCUCCCUCAGCACCAGCCUCCACCUGCAGCCACAGCCCCUCCCCCAGCAUCCACCUGCAGCCACAGCCCCUCCCCAGCCUCCUCCUGCAGCCACAGCCCCUCCCCCAGCCUCCACCUGCAGCCACAGCCCCUCCCCCAGCCUCCACCUUCAGCCACAGCCCCUCCCCAGCCUCCACCUGCAGCCACAGCCCCUCCCCAGCCUCCACCUGCAGCCACAGCCCCUAACCAGCCUCCACCUGCAGCCACAGCCCCUCCCCCAGCCUCCACCUGCAGCCACAGCCCCUCCCCAGCCUCCACCUGCAGCCACAGCGCCCACCCCCAGCACCAACCCCCACCUGCAGCCACAGCCCCUCCCCAGCCUCCACCUGCAGCCACCCCUCCCCCCAGCCCCUCCCCCAGCCUACAGCUGGAGCCCUCCCCUAGCACUAGACUCUACCAGCAGCCACAGCCCCUCCCUCAGCACCAGACUCUACCAGCAGCCACAGCCCCUCCCUCAGCACCAGACUCUACCAGCAGCCACAGCCCCUCCCUCAGCACCAGACUCUACCAGCAGCCACAGCCCCUCCCUCAGCACCAGCCUCCACCUGCAGCAACAGCCACUCCCUCAGCACCAGCCUCCACCUGCAGCAACAGCCCCUCCCCCAGCACCAGCCUCCACCUGCAGCCACAGCCCCUCCCCCAGCACCAGCCUCCACCUGCAGCCACAGCCCCUCCCCCAGCAUCCACCUGCAGCCACAGCCCCUCCCCCUUCCUCCACCUGCAGCCACAGCCCCUCCCCAGCCUCUUCCUGCAGCCACAGCCCCUCCCCAGCCUCUUCCUGCAGCCACAGCCCCUCCCCCAGCCUCCUCCUGCAGCCACAGCCCCUCCCCCAGCCUCCACCUGCAGCCACAGCCCCUCCCCCAGCCUCCACCUUCAGCCACAAUCCCUCCCCCAGCCUCCACCUGCAGCCACAGCCCCUCCCCAGCCUCCACCUGCAGCCACAGCCCCUCCCCCAGCCUCCACCUGCAGCCACAGCCCCUCCCCAGCCUCCACCUGCAGCCACAGCGCCUCCCCAGCACCAACCUCCACCUGCAGCCACAGCCCCUCCCCAGGCUCCACCUGCAUCAACAGCCCCUCCCCAGCCUCAAUCUGCAGCCACAGCCCCUCCUCCAGCCUCCACCUGCAGCCACAGCCCCUCCCCAGGCCUCCACCUGAAGUCACAGCGCCUCCACCAGCACCAGCCUCCACCUGCAGCCACAGCCCCUCCCCCAGCAUCCACCUGCAGCCACAGCCCCUCCCCAGCCUACAGCUGGAGCCACAGCCCCUCCCCCAGCCUCCACCUGCAGCAACAGCCCCUCCCCAGCCUCAAUCUGCAGCCAUAGCCCCUCCUCCAGCCUCCACCUGCAGCCACAGUCCCUCCCCAGCCUCCUCCUGCAGCCACAGCCCCUCCCCCAGCCUCCACCUGCAGCAACAGCCCCUCCCCCAGCCUCAAUCUGCAGCCAUAGCCCCUCCUCCAGCCUCCACCUGCAGCCACAGUCCCUCCCCAGCCUCCUCCUGCAGCCACAGCCCCCCCCAGCCUCCACCUGCAGCAACAGCCCCUCCCCAGCCUCAAUCUGCAGCCAUAGCCCCUCCUCCAGCCUCCACCUGCAGCCACAGUCCCUCCCCCAGCCUCCUCCUGCAGCCACAGUCCCUCCCCCAGCCUCCUCCUGCAGCCACAGCCCCUCCCCCAGCCUCCACCUGCAGCCACAGCCCCUCCCCAGCCUCCACCUGCAGCCACAGCCCCUCCCCAGCCUCCUCCUGCAGCCACAGUCCCUCCCCCAGACUCAAUCUGCAGCCAUAG